ACCGCUACUUGAAUCAUACGUACAGUCGUACAAUAACUACAACAAGAGUAGCCGUUAGACGUCAAAAUCAUUCGCGGGAACUUCCAUGAAAAAGGAGAGAGAAAGAUGGACGAUUCAGGAGCAAUUCUCCUCCAAAUUUCAACCCUCAAUGACAUGCUUGACAAGGUUAAUGAUGAAAUCGAAGCGAAUAUCCAAAUUACAAGGGAAAUUGAAUCGGAAAUUGUUAAAAUUGAAGAGAUUGAGAAUGCGUUGGGUGCUAGAGAAUCUGAGCUCAUGAAGUUGAUUUAUUUGUCUCAAUUUGAAUUAAGUGGUUUGAUUACUGUCACAGUUAACUCAAGAAAAUCAAUAGCAGCUUUGACGGAAGAGAUUAAUGAUCAAAGGAGGAAAAAAGAUGAUCUACGUGAUAGAUUGAACAAGAAGCGGGAAAGUUUUUCCGUGGCGUGUAUUGAAUUCCAAAAGAAAAUUGAAAGUGAAGGUUGCAACAUACUGAGGGAAAUGUUGUUGGAAAAAGAAUCUCUUGAGGAUGAGAUCCAUAAGCUUGAUCAGACAGGUUACAAUUUUAGAGUACCAGUGACUGCACUUUCUGAGGACAUUCUUGAAGAUCUAUACAGGUCUAAUUCUGCACUAGCAACUGAGAUACAGGAAAGACAGGCUGAGAAUGAGCAAGUGCUGAAAGAAAUAGAGGAGCUUAGGUCAAUACUGCUUUCCACCAUUUCUGAUGUUGAUGAUCCAUGGUGAUACUGGUACCAAGUUCCAGUUUUGCAGAAGUUUUUUGUUUUGAGGAAUGAAGAUGUCGGUUAACUAUGCUUUAAAUAAUCUCUGCAGCCAAAUCAUCCCUUUCAUUGGCACAUGGUUAAAUAUGUACUUCAAGGGUGGGGAAUUGUUAAAUGACGAAAUUUUGGCUUCGUAGGCUGUAUUCCUUGACAAGUAUAAGAAGAAAGAAAUAUAAGACGAUAGUAGCCCUUAUUAUAGCCAAUGCUAAUGAGCUGCAUUGCUUUUGCUCCGAUGAUAACAAAAAACCUCUUGUACUUGCUAGUUACUACAUGUAUUUUGGAGUCACUAAUACAAAUAAAAUACAACACUUCUAGCAAACAAGCCAUUUCAUUGCUUCUAAUUGCUAACUACACAAGCUCUAUAAGACUAUAAA